AUGGUUUACGCACUCAAUUGUAGAUAUCUCUCCGAACGCCUCUCUCGCGGAGAUUGUUCGGACACAUCCAUUCAUGCGGGUCAUUCACUUCAUCACUUCCGACUUGGACAGCAACCACCUUUCUCCAUCUCUUGUAUACAAAAACAACGGAUCCGACUUCUUUACCCUGUUCAUCUUCACCAUACCAGUACUGGCUCCUUCUCAUUGUAUCAGCUUCGUAAACUCUUCAUCCACGUCGGGGAAGUCGCAUUGGUGCAUAAGUCCUCGGGGAUGGCUAUCCUAAGCUGA